GCUUUUUGCUCCGAGUCCAAAAUUCAGUAGAUUGUAAUUAAUAAAUACUUUUCCUGAUUAACUAGAAUAUCAUUUCUCAAAUUUAAUUAAUAGGUGUAAUAAGAUCAAAAUGUUAAUAAGCUUGUUAAAGUUGUGGACCCUUGUGUUUCUUGGUGUAAAGAGACUGAAAAAAAUGGUGGACUUUAUAACGAACAGAAACUUUGAGGCCUACCAGCAGUUUGCACCCUCAACAAAUAAUCGAAAUGAAACUUUGGCCUCCCUGACCACCCUAAAACGUUACUCGCAGGACCAGGUUUACCAGAAAAAACUCACCAGAGAGGCCGACAUAAAUGUGAGGGACAGGCAGCUUUUGCACAUUAAAGAGGCGGUGCCGGAGGUACAUGUGACCUCCCGAAGGCCCUUUAUGGGCCUCUGCUGUCAGAAUUGCACUUUUACAAGCAGGGAGUCUUUGGUGAAAAAAACGACAGAGACCCUCGCUCUGUUUAACAUCCUCAAUCAAACCGCUCCGCUGAAUAAAAACGGUGUACUGGCCAGGACGUUUAAUCAUCUACAUCAAAUAUCCCGAUUAAAGAGGUACCAGUACCCUCAGGUGGCGCGGUUGGUCUUAAAAGAUGACCGAGUUAAAAAAGCCGUCGAAAAAGCGGCACUUCAACAGUUCAAAGAUGCAUCGGACGAAGCGGAGGACGAGUUUUACCAGGAGUUGAUUAAAAAGAACUGGAGGAGGGCCGGUAAAUUGAUAUACGACAUGAGGUCCACCUUAUCAGACUUCCUCUUAAGGUUCACCAGUUGGAUUCUCUACAAGCUGCUGCCCUGCUUUCUGAGCUCAGUGGUAGUUCAUCCGGGGCAAAUAGAAAUGAUCAAGGAGGCCUCCAAGUCCAAUCUCCCACUGAUAUUUUUACCGUUGCAUCGCUCCCACCUGGACUACAUCCUGUUGUCUUUUAUUUUAUUGAAUAACGAUAUCAGGUCCCCAUUGGUGGCCGCAGGGGAUAACUUAAGAAUACCGUUUUUUGGGUCUCUCUUGAGGGGUCUGGGGGCGUUUUUCAUCAAGCGACGCAUCGAUCCGGUCAUGGGCAGGAAGGAUUACGUUUAUAAAGCAGUGCUGCACACUUAUAUGAAUCUUUGCUUAAGGGCCGGACAUAAUAUGGAGUUCUUUUUGGAAGGAGGGAGAACAAGAACCGGUAAACCGUUGAUGCCGAAAUAUGGCAUUCUGUCCGUGAUAGUGGACACUUUUAUGGACGGGACGAUCGAGGACGCCCUACUGGUCCCGGUCAGUGUGAAUUACGAGAAAUUGGUCGACGGGAAUUUCGUGAGGGAGCAGCUGGGCGAGGCGAAGAAAAUGGAAACGUUCCGGGACGCGUUGAAGGGCAUUUGGCACGUGUUGAACAGCAAUUACGGCAUGAUGAGGGUCGAUUUUAAUCAACCGUUUUCUUUAAGGGAACUAAUUAAGACCUUCGACCAACACAAGGCCUCUACCACGAAACCGAAUUCGAUACAUCGCAUUUUAAAGUCCAACCCGUCGACGAACAGUUUGUAUGGUACCGAUGUGGUGUCCGAGGAGCACAAAAGCCUGGUAGAAAAUAUUUCGAAACACGUGCUAUAUGAUUGCGCCCGAUCGACUACGGUCAUGUCCACUAACGCGCUGGCGUUCCUAUUACUGACCAAAUACAGAAACGGAGUCAGUUUGGAAAAAUUAGUGGUGUCCUUUGAGGAGCUUAAGAAAGACCUCGAAUUCACGAUGAGAGACGUCGGGUUUAGCGGGGACCCCGUGGAUGUGAUUAAUUAUGCGGUGGAUUUACUUGGUCCAGCCCUGGUAAAAAAAGAAAAAGACAUCAUCAAACCCAUUGCGAUCCUACCGAACGUCAUAGAACUCUCUUACUACAGCAACACAGUGGUGACGCAUUACGCAUUAGAAUCCGUGAUUGCUUUAGCUUUAAACGCCUCGGAAAUCCGCUUGGACACAGUGUCGCACGAGGACCUAAUGGAGAACGCUUUGGAGCUAUGCUCGAUCCUGCAAUACGAAUUUCUGUUUUGCAAACCGUGCCAGAACUUGGAACAAGUGAUAACGGAACGUAUUGAGGAUUUGGUGCUGCGUAGGGAAAUCUUCUUGUCGGAUUUCAGUAACGAUUUGAUGGCGAAAAGUCGCAAAAUGGCCGCGCAAUUCGACGAUGAGGAGGACGAGAACCCGACGUUCCAGAAAUUGUAUCGAAUAAACACGUCCAGGGAGGCCAAGGGGUGCGUGGAAUAUCUGAAAACGAUCCUGAUGCCCCUGAUGGAAACUUACGCGGUCACCGGGUUCACUUUGGAUAAACUGGUGCAGAGGCAACUGUUGGAAAACGAACUGGUGGGGGAUGUGCUCAAGGAGAUGAAGAGUCAAGUGGAGCGAGGCAGUUUGAAAUACGAUGAAAGUGUUGCCGUGGACCCGAUCAAGAACGCAUUGAAAUAUUAUCAAAAGUUGGGCGUUUUAGAGUGCCAUCAAGAGAACAAAUUGCGGCUGUACUACCUUAAAGAAAGCUACGAUAAUUCGGACUCUGUGAAAGUUUUUUAUGAUAAAAUCAACCGGUUUAGAAUAGGGAAUUCGCUGUUCGAGUGACGUCGAUAGGUUUUCAUAUUGGAAGCUUUGCGUUUUAAGGUUUAUUGAAAGAGGUUCAAGGAAUCUCUCUAAGAAGAGUAAUCAGUUAUUUUUGUGGAGUUAUUUGUUUCGUUUAUAUAAGAACCGUGAAUGUUUGUUUGUAAACGAAUCUAUAGAUCUGUGAUAAAUUUAAGAUUAAAUAUAGUUUUAUUAUAA